GAUAUAUUAUCCAAUUCUUUGCAGUGAAAAAACGAAACCAGCUUCCUUCGAAAGCAAUUAAGCUUCAAAUUGGGGUUUUUUUAAAAAAACAUUUCUUACCUACUAAUAAAUUAAUUAAUCAAGGCAUGGAUUCCUCAACAACUGCUGUGCCUGUGAUGAUGAAUUCUUCAUCUUCUUCUUCUUCGAUAGAUGAAGUGUUUAAUUGUGGAAAGUACUCUGCGAAUCUGAAUCUGGUGAAGGUUGAUUCUUCCGAUCCGCCGCGGCCGCUGCUGAUUUGGUCUCCGGCGGCCGCCGGCGAGUUUCCGGUGGUGAUAUUCCUCCAUGGUUACCUGCUCCAGAAUUCGUUCUAUACUCAGCUCCUUCGACACAUCUCUUCCCAUGGCUUCGUCGUCGUUGCGCCGCAGUUAUAUUCAGUGGCCGGACCAAAUGCGAACCAAGACAUCUCAGCCACAGCCGAGAUAAUCGAAUGGCUAUCCGAAAACUUAUGCAACUAUCUACCGGAAAAUGUCCGGCCGAACUUGAAGAAGUUGGUGUUAGCCGGGCAUAGCCGCGGCGGGAAAGUUGCAUUCGCUUUGGCGCUAGGAAAGUCACUUUCAUCCCCGAUCAAAUUCUCGGCCCUAAUAGGGGUCGAUCCGGUCGAUGGUAUGGAUAAAGGGCAACAAACUCCUCCCGCGGUCCUCACUUACGCCCCAAAUUCAAUGGAUCUUAACGGCGCCCCCGUAUUGGUGAUCGGUUCUGGAUUGGGGGAUGUGCGCAAAAAUCCUUUUUUUCCACCCUGCGCCCCUAGAGGGGUGAAUCACAAGGACUUUUACAAUGAAUGUUGCAAACCGGCGCACUAUUUUGUGGCCAAAGAUUGCGGGCAUUUGGACGUGCUGGAUGACGAGACUAGAGGGUUUCGAGGGAGGGCGACGUAUUGUUUGUGCAAAAAUGGGGAGUCGAGGAAGCCGAUGAGGAGAUUUGUUGGAGGGGUCGUGGUGGCAUUUUUGAGAGCGUAUUUGGAAGGCGACGAGGAAUCUCUUGUGGCCAUAAGGCGAGGGUAUGCGAAGCUUCCCGUUGUGCUUCAAGCCGUCGAUUCCAGAGUUUAGUAUGAACGACUUUUUUCUUCUGUGUUUUUAAGGUAAAAAUAAUGGGUAUGUUUUUUUGCAAAAUUUCCCCAAAUUUUACUAUUUAGACUCUGUGUUUUUCCAAAAAAAAUACAUUUUUUUCUCUCACAAAAUAUCAAAUUAAAUAUUAUUUUUAUAUCAAAUUUAAAUCAAAUUUUUUCCAAACUCAUAAAAAAGAAACGCACCCAAUUUAUGCUUUACGAUUAUACUUGUUUUGUUAGAUUAUUACAUUCAA